AAAAAAUUGGUUAUAUAUAAUUGAGAAAAGAACAGAAAAAAAGGGGGAAAGAAAUCAUCUAGGACAAGGUUAGUGUUCAUUUGUCUUUAUUUUAUAUAUUACGUGUUAUGUAAUAAAAGAAAUUGAAAAAAAAAAAAAAAGAAAAAAAAGAAGAAGAAUUCACACAUACACACACACACACACAUAUAUAUACACUGAUCAUCGGGUUAGACUAUAUUAUGAACUUAUGAUUGAGGAUUUCAUGUUUUGGGUUGAGCCCAAUUGCGCCCCCAACCUGCUCAAUUUAACAUUGGUUUGUCGUGGACGCCAAACAUACACAUACCAUAACUUAACGUUAAUUAAUCGCACUAUACUUAUUGUACCGAACAUUUUGACUUUUACUCAAAAGUGACUUCAUCAAUGGCUAUGAGAAGAGCCGCCACCGCUUCAAUCCAAUUCCUCAACCCUAAAGCCCCAUCCGCCAUCAUAGCUGGCUUUGCCGCCGCUCGAUCAUGCACCUCCACCACCGCCGCCACCGAGGACUCCUCUCCUGGCAACGUCAAACCCAAGGAUCCAAAUGUUAUGAUUGCAGUUCCAGUUCAGGAAGUUGAGAUGGAAAAUCCAUUUCAAUGCGGUGGACCGGGAAAUGCGGUGGAGGUGAAUGAUGUGAAGGAGGGUGUACUUGUGAGGAUGUCGUUGCCUGGUGUUGGCGUUAACGGAAUAAAGGUUUGGACAGAGAAUCACACUGUGUUCUUCCAAGGCGAAGGAGAAAUUGAAUACGAGAAGGAUGAUUGUGGGAGGAGGUAUGUUGGCAGUCUCGAAUUCAAUCCCGAUGAGCAAAGGGCUGAUGGGGUAAAGUUCCAGAUGAAUAAUGGAAUUCUCAGGCUGAUGGUUCCGAACGCGGAGGGUAAUAAGGAGAAGAAUACCAAGGGCAAAAAGGAGAAGAAAAAGAAGUAAUGUGUGAAUUGGUUGUUAUUUAGAAAUUUGUGAAAGUAACCGAUUUUCAACUUUUUAUGUGUCUUUUAGUUGACAAGAACAUUUUUCUGAAUGCCAUAAUAUUCAAUGGAGUAUGCUUUUAGUUUUGAUUUUGCUAUUAUAAGUAAAUUUAGUUGUGAUUUACUGCU